AUGACAGCUGAGGAGCUAUUGAAACCGGGAGGAGCCCACAGCGAGCUCAACCCUGACCCUCGUCCGUGGUCUCCUCCGGUCAAAUCCACACCAUCGAACUGGCCGUUCACCAGGAAGAGCAGCAAUGCUCGGAAGCGACCGAGAACGUCGUCGGCACUGCCAUCCUCGUCUGCUGUCACGACUUCUCCAUCGUCUACUUUUCUCCCGCCACACCCUCCAUACAGCAACAACUACAUCAACGAGGACGUGGCAGCAGAUGCCGCGGACCUUGGCCGCACUCGACCGCCAAUGGACAGCCCGUCAAGGCUUAGGAACAAGGCAUCGCCAGAAACAGGGGACGUUCGCCCGUCUCAGCUUCCUCUUCUACAUGGUGGUGGAAGCAACAACGGGAGCAGCUCCAGUGGCACGGGGGACAACAGCGACGCCCACCUCAGCAAGUCGGCGAAGCUGUUGGAGGAGGACCGUAAGAAAGUGGCCAGCAUCCGAUCUUUCUUGCUGAAUUUCCUGGAGGAGAGAGACUGCUCCAUCAAGAAGCGGUUGGUGACCGAUGUAGGGAUGUGGUGCAUUGCGAGGCACACGACGGCUUUGCGAGAGCUCAACGUCGGCGGAUGUCACGGCGUAACAAACAUCGGGUUGAGGUCGCUGGCCAUUUGCUGCGACAAGAUGGAACAGCUAAAUUUCACGUCCUGCACUCGCCUGACAGACUUGGGUCUUCGAGUAAUUGGCGGUGGUUGUUGGAGCUUGAAAUCGCUGUCGCUUGAGGGCUGCUCGCACGUGAGCGAUACCGGGGUAGCGGAAAUUGCCAAGUUGUCCACGGGGCUAACGUAUCUUAACAUCAGCCGCUGCGAGCGUGUGGGCGAGUACGGCGACCGGGCCUUGAUACAGCUAGGCCGGAGCUGUCACCAGCUUACGGGUCUCGACGCGUUCGGGUGCUCCCACGCGCAGGAUCCUGGGCUCCUCUCUGUGGCUCGCGGCUGCCCCAAGCUGGAGAAACUCAUGCUGACGGGAUGCGGCGGAAUCACCGGCAGGAGCGUUCGUGCCUUGGCCCGUGGGUGCUCUAAGCUUCGGGACCUCAGCCUCUCGGGUUGUGGCGGGGUAGGCAACGGAGACCUCAAGGAGCUGGCACGAGGGUGCACGAGCUUGCGGCACCUCAACAUCGCGCAGUGCCGGCAGGUUAACGCUCACGGACUGGCUGCUCUUGCCCGGGGGCUGAAGAACCUCACCGAGCUCGACGUAGGCGGCUGCGAGAAAGUCGACGAUUCCGCCCUCCGCGCUCUUUGCAGCAUGAACGCGCAUUUCUUGAACCUCUCCGGGUGCUCGGCGAUAACCGAGACGGGUGUCACCGGUAUCACCAUGAACUGCACGGCGCUGUCCAGCCUCAACGUCACCGGGUGCCCGAGGAUAGGGAGGCGUUUCAUGGCCGAGCUGUGCCACAGCAUGAAGCUGUCUGAGCCGGCCCAGGCAUUUUUUGGAUUUCAGGCGGAUACGCGCCGCAAUAGUGGUACAGUCGCUGAUGCGGGGGCGCCUUGCCCGUGGGCGAUCCAGCAUCGUUCGAAGGCCAUCAUCCGAGGCUACUUCGCCCGCAAGUGGUAUCGUGCUUGGAGAGCCCAGGUUCGAGAGCAACGGGCAGCGGCAGCGAUCCAGGCAACUUGGCGGAUGCUUGGCGAUCGCCGCACUACGGAACGACUCAGGAGGGAAAAGUUGUUCCGAGAACGGGGACAGUCAUUGGCUACGAGGAUCCAGGCUGGGUGGUGGGGAUACAGGUCCAGUGCACCCGAGGUAAUACGGUGGGACUCUAAGCAUAUAGUGCUAUCCCUUCUCAUUCUUUUUGCAGAGGUCGCGUCCGCAUGCAAGAGGUCAGGGCUAUACGAGCCAGGCGACUACUUUUGGAGGCUCGAACACAGGCGCUUGUUCGCGCAAAAGGAGCUGCUGGAGCUGCGAAGGCUCCGGAACGAGGCGUUGGCGCGCGAGAAGAGGAACCAGGCCGCCGCCCUGCUGGUCCAGAGCCUCGCAAGGAUGCGCCAGGGACGGGCCGUCCUCGCGGCGCUGAAGGCAAGGAGGGACCUGAAGAUCCUCGAGUGGGAGAUGGCAUUGAAGGUUCAGGCCGCCUGGCGAGGAAGAGUAGCCAAGAUGAUGGUCAUGACCAUGCGGAUCCUCAGGGAACAAGCUCGGCAAAAGGCGGCUGCGAUCACGAUCCAGUCCUUCUGGCGUGCGGUGCGAGCCAGGCACCUCGCCACCAUCCAGAGAGCCUUGUUCAAGAUCAGGCAGAUGCAGGAUGGAGCAUCGAAAGGCGAGUGCGCCCUUUGUGUGUGGAAGGGAAAGCUAAAGCUGGACGAGCUCACCCAUAACGCCGCGAAGCUGUCCGAACGCCAACGGUUCGUGGCCACGGCUGUCAAACCCCUUCGAGCAGAGCACGUUGCCAUCCGCGAGGAACUGUUCCACAUCCGGCACACGACGGACAAGUACACCGACAGCGACAAGGUUAACGGGUGCCGUCAGCGCUUUUUGACCAAGUUCCUGCAAGUGCGACUGGUGGAGUUAAAGGCAAACGUCGAGGAACGUCUGGAGAAGCUCGACGCCGAAGCGAUUGAAAUUGAGGUGAAGGAAAGACACAACACUCGCGUUCUUCGGCAAACGGAGAGGGAACUCAUCCCGCUGGGGAAGGGCACCGUGGAGAAGGUCAAGCUGCUGCGAACAGCGAGGCUACGGAAGAAGGUGAGUGACUCGAUAGCGUUCGCGUCCACAGAUAUAGCCCUUGGUAAUGAACAUACAACAGCUCGAUCUGAACGGAGCGGGUCGAUCACUAUCCAGAGGAUCUUCCGAGGGUGGAGAGUCAGGAGAGCGAUCAACUCCUGGUAUCGGGACUACUGGAUUGAAUCCGAGGACGCUGCUACGGGCGACGUGUACUAUGUCAACACCUGGAAUCAAGAGAUCCGCUGGGUAAAGCCUCUCGAAAUUUCACUCUUCGAAGAAAGCAGUGGUGGCGCCACGAAUAGGCCGGGCACCGCCAACCCCUCGAAGGACUCCGACGCGGGCGAAGAGCUUGGAGUCGACACCGUCAGCAGCAGGUUCCGGAAGCGUUUGGUGGAGCUCACCGGCGAGGCCACCCGCGCUGCGGAGGAAGAGGAACGGUUCCUCCGGCACGUGGUCGCCAACAUUGCAACCAUCAGUGCCAGCUACGGCAUCGCCAAGUCAAAGGGCGGCGACGAGAAGGGUGCUGAGAGCGCUGCGGACCAAACCUUGCUCGCUCUGGCGGCUGCGAGGGAGUGGAGGUUCGUGAGCACCGACAGCCGGUUCUCGCUCCCGUCUCCUGGCACCACGAAAAACAAGUGCUGGUACCGCGAGAAGACUUCCGACUAUUUCUGGGGGGGCAAUCCGCCGCUGUUGGGACUACUCCCAUUCUUUCCUGAGAACGUGGAAUCCCACGAGGGUAACCCGGGUUCAUCCGCGGGGAGGUCUGGUGGUGGCGGUAGUGUCGGCACGCACAGCACACUUGGCAACGAAGGCGUUGUUGCCGGGGGCACUGCCGAAGGUGGUGCUGGGCCACCAGAUGCCGUAGCUGUGGUUCAUCCGGAACUGGGGUUGGUCUUCGUCGACCGCGCCUCCGGGGAAGCCUGGCUGAAGACGCAGGACUUGGGCCUGCUGCUGAAGAGGUCAGAAAAGGUCUGCGACAUCGGGCGAGCAGGCUGGUGCCAGCUGAAGGCAGCGGUUCCUUCCGAGACAGCUUUUGCUGCCGUAGCAGAAGAUGGUAUCGUUCGAGGGGCUGGUAGUACCAGCAAAAAAGGCGGCACCGUGAAAGGUCCGUUAGGGGUUAUUCCGCGAGCGGCCACGGCCGCCACCACCGCGGAAGUGGGCGGCGCAGCCACGGCGGGGGGGGCGGUGCCGGAUGCUUCACGUAGUGCCGGAUCAUCCACGCCCCGUCCCUUGUUCACGUUCUUCCACCACGCCCAAUUGGGGGAAGCUCGGUGGUGUCUCUCUCCUCGGUCUGCGCUGUUGGCGACCCCACGGACCCCGCGCAGGGAGGCCUCCCACGCUCGACUAGCAUCAGCUGGCGCGCAAGGUUGGGACUCAGAGAACACAUCUGGUGUAGGUGGCAACGACGAACAUUCAUUUGCCGCCACCGGUUUGGGAGCCUCAGCCUUCACGACGGUCCACAGCAAUGGCGAAUCCGGGGAUGGCUGGGAGGUGGUGGAGGAUGGGGACAUGGUUUUUUACUACAAUGAGAGGCUGAGGAUUAGCACCUGGGAGCCUCCGCCUGGUUGGGCGUAG